CGGCCGCUCAAGACAGCCCUUGGGGCGCUCCAAGAGCGCCUGCGACGGCUUCCAGGCUGCCCAAGAGGCUGCCAAGAGCACCCAAAAGCGCCCCUCCGUAGCCAUUUUGGCUCAAGCCAGCCGGGCUCGAGCCGCAUGGGGCCGACCCCAGGGCCGCCGAGCCAGCCCACUUCCUCCUCUGGGCCGCGGGAGGGCGAGGUCUGCCCCCUGGCCUCCGCCACAGCGCGAGCAGGCGGCGGCUGCGAUGCCGGCCCGGGGGCCCACGGGCGCGGCUGCCGGGGAGAAGCCUCUGCCGGACCUGACGGACCGCAUCGAGGCCAUGGGGCUCCGGGACGAGUACGCGGACGGAGUUCUCGGCGCGCUACCUCGCCUGGCGGACCGGCAAGUCCGCGGGAGCGCGGGGGGAGCCCGGCAGUGCGCGGCCGCGGGAGCCCGGCGCUGGCACCCCCCCGCUGGCGAUACGGCCCGCAGUCUCGGACACCUCGUACCAGAGCUUGGCCUCGCCGGUCGGGCAGCACGAUUUUGCCUUCUGGUACCCGAGCGUGGGGGAGUGGCGGUGGCGUCGAACGAUCUCGUUCUGGAUCGGCCUGACGUUCUUCGAGGGGUCCGUGUUCUUUGCCGUCAGCUCGUUCUUGGGCUGCGCUUCCUCGAGCACACUGAACACGACGGCGUUGACAACUGGAGGCUACAUUUGGGGAAAGGCCCAUUUCCUCAUCUGCACCUACUUGAUGGUAGUCAGCACGGUCAACAUGGAUCCUGUGGGAGGCCACAAGAAGUGCGACAAUAAUGGGGACCAGCAGAGCGGGGACAGCGACAGCUCGUCGUCAGAGGAUGAAACAGCUGUAGCGAUCCCUGGCGAGAUGGCAGCGCCUCGCUUCAUGACCAAUCCGUUCCGGUACAGGACAGCUGUGGACAGACUGAACGCACUAGGUGCCGGACCAUGGCCGUACGUUGCGUCGUUGAUUUCUUUCACUGGCUGCCUCACAUUCACUGUUGGCCUGGUGGCCGAGUAUACUUGCCCACACGAGAUCGCAGAAGUCAUCCUGAACUACGCGUUUGUCUUGGGCUCGCUGCAGUUUCUAAUGGGCGGGAUAGCAGAGUGCAUCGAGAACAAUGUCUUCAGCUCGUUGGAAGUCAAUAGUGCGUGGACUGGAUCGGUACUCAACUUUCUCGGUGGUUGUUUGUCCCUGCUGGGCUCUUUGGUGCCAUUUGUUCCUGCAUGGGGCAGUUUCUGGGGCAGUCUCUGGUUCGGAGUCGGCUCGACCUUGUACGGGGUUGCAGGGUCGAUCCAGCUUACUCAGUGGCGGAGCGAGCAGUUCGGUCUCGUCUACAUGGCUGUGCUUAACAAGCUCGGUGGCCCUCAGGGGCAGUCCGUUUUGCACACCUCCUCAGCCCCGCAGCCGGUGACCUAUUCUAAAGGCAGCCUGUGGAUGAUUCACAUCUUCGGCAUUGCAGGGGCAAUCAGCUGCUACGAUUUUAACCUUUCGCUUGCACAUAUGAUCGUUGACCCGACUCUAGUGAGUUUGAGUCACGCUAUGAACGAGCUGCUCCCCUGCGUUAUCUUACACGUGCAGAUCGCCCUGAGAACAGCCGUGGUGAGGACGCCACAUUUUGCCCCUUACUAUCAGCUGUUCGUUGCCAUGAGAGUUCUGUCAGCCUGGCUUGUUCUGGACGCGGUGGCAUCUUUUGUAGAACUGCUGGAGCAGGGAGGCUAGCAGAGGCAGGCCUCAAUCGAUGGUACAGCGGCAUGGAGCAUACGUGUCGUCCACUCAAGAGGCAAUCCACACGGAACCACACGCGCGCACGGUCUUGACAUCGCUCCCUCUCUCUCUCUCUCUCUCCUUCUCGCUCUCUGCUUGCUGGCCUCCCCCCAUCGGCUUAGUCCAGUCGUUCUAAGUAUGCCUCCAUCGCCCAGCACUUGGUGGGAGCAUGCUGUAUACUUAGUGGGAGCAUGCCGAAUCGUAGUUUAGCAGUGGGGUUGCUCCCCUUCAGUAUUGUCGACACUCUUUGCAGUCAUGCUUUCCCGGUCUGGGCGAGGUAAUCGUCUCAAUUAUUAUUGUUGGGCUUGAUUGUUCUCUGUGAACAACACACCGCUGGACCAAGCCAUAUGCAAGUGCCAGUACCGCAACAA